UAGGAAACUCCAACUUUCACUGUUGGUUCUGUCCCCUACUUCGGCGCCUCCUUUGCGACGCUCCCAGGCCCAGAGUCCGCCCACUGCACGUGCUCAGCCGCCACUUCCGCUCCAGCUUCCGCUCCGGCCUCCCACCGAGCAAGAUGGCGGAGGAGCAAGAGUGUGUGCUGCAGCUGCCUCCCGCGGCUGCCGCUGGCGGCGAGGGACUCACGGAGGUCUCCCCGGAAACAACCACCCCAGAACCCCCUUCUUCCGCCGCAGUCUCCCCGGGGACAGAGGAACCUACUGGCGACACCAAGAAAAAAAUUGACAUCCUGCUAAAGGCUGUUGGAGACACCCCUAUCAUGAAAACAAAGAAAUGGGCAGUGGAGCGAACCCGAACCAUCCAAGGACUCAUUGACUUCAUCAAAAAAUUCCUUAAACUUGUGGCCUCAGAACAGUUGUUUAUUUAUGUGAAUCAAUCCUUUGCUCCUUCCCCAGACCAGGAAGUUGGAACCCUCUAUGAGUGUUUUGGCAGUGAUGGUAAACUGGUCCUACAUUACUGCAAGUCUCAGGCAUGGGGAUGAACCACAGAGAAAAACAACUUGCUACUUAAAAUGAAUUUUCACAGAGGAGACAGCUCUGAAAAGUCGAUGCUUGUGGCAAGAGACUUAACAGAUAUUAUCUAUUUGGCGUGUGUCUACUGUGACCCAUAUUUAUGCAUAAGAAAACAUCCAUAGUGUGAAUGGACUCACAAAAAUGUGAUUUGUAUCAAUAUACAAAUCAUCAUAAAAGACCCAUUGCUCCUACCCUUUAUUAUUAUUGCUGCAGAUCUGCCUCCAAGAUGGAAUAGGAGACUAAGACUGUAAACUUCUUCGUUACUAGUUCUCAAAAUUACUAAAAUUGUUAUAUAACUAGCACUCCAGUGAUUUUUUUUCCCAGUGGUAAAAUUUAAUUUGCCAAAGGGUUCUUAUUUCUCUUUUCUCUCUCUCUUUUUUUUUUUUUUUUUUUUUUAACGUAUUCAGGGAACUUCAGUUUGUUUGGGAUAUGGGAAAUUUACAUUUAUAUCCACUGUGUUACCUUGUAAAAUCGCAUUGACCUGCUGGCUGAAUACCUUAAAUAGUCCAGUAGAGGGCGGCCCAGCUGGCAGAAAGGCUUCAGCAGUUUGGUUUUACAUCUUUGCCAGGGGAAAAAGCUUUUCUUGCUGAUUUCUAGCUAAUAUGUAGCCAGGAGAGCCAGCAUUUUGGACAAACUGAAAGACUGUUUUAGAGAGUAUGGGAAACAGAGUUUUAUAAAUUCUGGACAAAGGAGUCAUACAGCUCUUUUCAGUUGUAUCAUUUAAUGAUUCUUGAGUCCUAAUCAUGUAACUGUGGUGUUACUGUCACUUAUUUAUAUAGUGUCAAAAGCACUCAUUGAGUAAACCUGGCAACAUCUUUGUUUCAUAAUGCAUUUUCCAACUUGAUAAUUUUCACUAGAUAAUUGAAAAACAGCCUUAGAUUUUACGCAUAUUUCAUACCAUGACCAAAAGAAUACCAUUUUUAGUGAUGCUAUUAGACUGGUAAGUGCUUAAAGUGAGAUUUAACUUUUUUUUUCUUCAUUCUCUAUUUUAUUUGUAAUGCCAUAUUUUUUAAAAAGUAUUCCAAUAAAUUGAAUGCAGUGUCCAAACAGGAUCUAAGAUAUGUACUAGAAUUCCAAGUGUUUAUUUUCAAAGGUAAUGUUGGGAAUGAUAUGAUUGUAUUGAAGGACUUCAACUACGCUUAAUGUCCCUUAAAUCCCAGAAUGCACUUUAUGAUCUGCUAUAUGUUAGCAUUAGGGGAUGCUAAGUAACAGUUAAUUUUGCAGUAAUAAAAUCACUGUUCAGUUCUCAUUUUCUGCCCAAACGUGAAUUUUUGUGUCCCCUAAUACCAGUGUCCCUGUGUAAUAAAUUAAUACAGCUAAUAGCACUAGAAUAAUACAAGUUGAGUUGUGUAAAAUUAUAAGAUUAGGGAUGAAAUUUGUAUAUAUAUUGAAAGCUGGAAAGUAUACUAUUUUCAAGUAAAGUCAGAUACGAAAAAGAUCUGUUCUUUUUCUACCUACAGUUUACCAAAGGAAAUGAAUAUAUUUAUUUAUGUGCAUAUAUAUUUAACAAAUAACAAAAAUGUGUUGAAUUUGUGUAUUAUGUUUGCUACUGAGGUAUCAGGUAGGUAGAACAUUAACUACCUCAACUAUCAGAAAUACUUGAGUUUGAAUUUGUAGCAUCAAUUUAGUUAUUUUUUAUUUAAAUAACUUGUUUGUUAACUCUAAGGUUAGCUAAAUAUGUAUACCUUAUUUUCUUACCUAAUAACCUUGAAGAAUAUAUAAGACUUCCCACUUUUUCAAACCAUAUUUAUGUUAUUAUGUCUUGAUCUUUACCCAAAGAAUUAAUCAUUCUGUGCUAAAUUUGUAACAUUUACUUGUAAGCCUGGAUCCCAUAAGUUAUCGGGUGACUAGAACUUAAAACACAAUUGAUUCACAAAUAGUUUUGCAGGCAUGUAGUUUAAACUAUCUUAAGUCUAAUUAAACUUGGAGGAGGGAAACUUAAACUUAUAGGUUAUAUUUUUAAGUUUUUCAUGUUUAUGACUAAAUAGAUGUCAAUAAUAUCAUGCUUUAUAUUACUGUGCAAAGAUGACUCACAGCACACAAAGUAUAUAUGAUGUUAGACUAUUUUGCUUCCAUUUUUAAAAGUGUCUAUGCCAGGGACCUCAUAAUGAGUUCCCCGUAUUUAGGGAAUAAGGUAAGAAUGUUUUAUCCGUAAUCAAAAUGAGAUUGGAUACUUCCUGCAAUCUAUGAUUUCUAGAAGUUUCAAUCCUAUCUAAUCAGAUUAGAAAACUAAAGUGCAGGAUAUGCCUCAGAUGAUAUAACACCAGUCAAUUUGGUUGUAUGUAACAUAAAGUGGGAAAGCCUUGGGUGUCGAAGCGAGUUUGAAAAUGAAAAUUGCCUUUCAUGCAGCUUCUGCUUCAUUUUCCAAGGGUUACAAUAUGGUAGGUAAGCUUUUGGCACUAUGAAAGCCAGUUCAAGGCCACGUAAUGAAAAAUAUUUAGAAAACAUUUCAUCAGGUUUAGUCUUACAGAUACUAUUACCCUACAGUAUUAUUCAACCCAAACUGGAUUCUCCACUAUUCCCUGAACACACCUUGUAUUUGUUUUCUACACCUGCUUGUGCAGUUUACUUAUACCUUUACCCCUUCAAAUUCUAACUCUCCUUCAAGGCCUAAUUCAGAUUUUUUUUUACAGGGUGGACAGGGUCUUGCUCUGUUACCCAGGCUAGAGCACAGUGGGGUCAUCAUAGCUCGCUGCAACUUCAAACUCCUGGCUUUAAGUGAUCCUCCUGCCUCAGCCUGCCAAGCGGCUAAGACUAUAGACACAUGCUACCAUGUUCAGCUAAUUUUUGUAUUUUUUGUAGAGACUAGGUUCUCUCUCAGGCUGGUCUCAAACUCCCAGCCUCAAUUGAUCUUCCUGUCUCAGCCUCCCAAAGAGCUAGGAUUACAGAUGUGAGCCACAAUGCCCAGCCCUAAUUCAGAUUUUAACUCUUCCCUAAACCUGUCUGAAUUACUUGAGGAAAUACUCUCUCCUUCAUAAGAACACUAAUGGCAAACUACUACUAUUAUUAUAGCAUUUAACUGCAUACUGCCUUACAGGGAUGUGUAUAACAACCCUUCAUGAUUGUAAGGUCCCUGAAAAUAGGAUGUUAUUUGCUUUUUUAUUUGGUACCCACAUACACAUAAUACUUAGUACAUUUCCUUGCACAUAUAUAAUCAGUAAUGUAACAUCAAAUGUUGAGUGAGUGAAGUUAAAUGUGAUUAGCAAAGUAUGACUUAGAAAAAGACAAAAAAAGGAAAUUUGUAUCAUUUAAAUUUUUACACAGCAGAAGGUAAAGGAAAAUAUUUGCAACAUAUGACAGGGUUUUUAAUGUCUUCAGUAUAUGAACUCACUUCAGUUGGUAAGAAAAAACAAACCAACUGAUGAAAGGCAAACAAUAUUAAAAUGCAAUUCACAAAAAUACAAAUGCCUAAUAAAAUGUGAAAAGCCUUGAACCCUAAAUUAGUUAUGAAAAAUGAACAUAAAACAAUGUUGUUUAUGACACCUAUCAUUAAUAAUUAAAAACAAUUUAAAUCUCUGGAUUGGCACAGUUGUGGGGAAAUAGUCCUGUCAUAUUCUUGGUGAAUGGAAUGUCAGUUGGUACUUAAUUUUUAAGGGGCAGUUUGGCAAUAUCUAUCAAAAAUCAUGAAACCAAGUGUAAGCUUUGACUUGUUCAUAUAACCUGUUCAUUCACAUAUUGAGUGCCUACUGUGUCCUGAGCAUUGUAAUAAGAUUAAUAAAAUCCUUUGUGAUACUUUGAUUUUAAUGGGGGGAGGCAGAUUUUCCAAUUUGAAUUUAAAUCUUGAAGUUUUUUAAUUGAAUUUUUAGAAAUAUUGGAAAGUAAAGAUAUUUGAUACCUAAUAUUUAGCUUUACGUAUGUUUCUGUAUUUGAUAUUAAUGAGUGAAAGAAAACACUUAUGUAUGAGCCUGAAUAAAAUCUUAAGAGUCCUUAUAAAUACAACUCCCAUAGUUCCUUCUGUUAUCACAACAGAUACACAUGAAUCUUAACAUUGAUUCUGUGAUAGACACAAAGGAAGCCCUAUCCAUUUUGAGAUGGCUCUAUUUGUUACAGAACUGUCUGCCUUACAGCAUGCCAAAAUCUGCCUCCCUCCAUCUUCCAACUAUUUGUUCCUAUUUCUAGUAUCUAUCUACAAAGCAUAUAUUUCCCCCAUUCCCACCCCUGUUUUCCCAAAUCAUCUUUGUUUUAUUAAAUGGUAAAUCCAU